GCGGCGGUGUUACCUGUCCUUGUAAUUCCUAGCGGCAGCGACUGAAACCAAGGUCUUUAGGAAGAGAAAAACAAAAGAUUGCAGAUGGAUUUAUUAAUUAUUCUCCACGUUGUACUUGCUUUACUGAGAUUGUCAUGCUGUACGUCUUGCAAGGCUUCUUCUGCUACAAUAGCAUAUGUAUUUUCAUGUCCUACACGUAAGAAAGACUGGGAUAGUGCAGCGCAGAAAAAGAACUGUUCUGCAGCUGAACAUAAUUGUACAACAACUGGCAACUUUGUUUAUCAUUGUCUCCCAAAUUCUGAACAGAACAGACUUUUAGAAGUUUGUAGUUCACCGGAAGUAAUAUCAUUUCCUGUUUGUGCAGAGUUUAAUGAAGAGGAAAACAGAAUAAUAGAAAAUCAUUUAAGUGAUUGUAGUAUUUACUCUGAUCCAUGUCCAACACGGUAUAUUUCGACGGAAGCAUAUAAAUAUCCUGGAUGUUUCAAUGUGACCCAACAAACAACUUUACGUGUCACAACAGUUUCUGACGAAAUCACAUCAUUCAAACACCCCUCAGCGGAUGAAAGAAAUCAGGAUUCAUCUGGAAAUGGAACAAAGUCAACACCUUCAAUUUCAUUUAAUUCAAAACACCCACAAUUGUUAUUAUCGUUUAUUAUCGCAUUUGGAAUACUCGUCCCAGUCAUCUCCUUCAUUUUAGUAGCGUGUUCAUUUUCAACAAAGCUAUCGGAAAAUAUCAGCAUUCCACAAACAACAAAUGAUCUAUCUGAACCAGUUCAAAAAGCACUAUUAGGAAUACCAAGUCUAGAUUCUGCAGAGUAAUUCAGCUGUGUGUAAAGAUUUUGGAACAGUUUUUCAUGUUAAAGGCAAAGACUUCAGAAAAAGAGCUUAUGGAAGAAUGAAGAUGCCAACAGAUAUGAUUUUUGAAAGAUAUUUUCUUUACAUCUUUACUGUACAGCUAAAAAAAAACAACCGAAAGCCAUCAUACACUGUACAUGUAUUUUACUCUCUCAUUCGUUUAUAAAUAUGAUAUUAAAAAAUAUUGUGAUUUAUUUUUCUGUGAAGAACAUUAUGUCCAGAUGAGUUUUUUUUUUUUUUCAUGCUGAAAGUUGAGUUUUAUAGAUUUAUUUAAUUAAAUGCAUACAAAAAAAAAAGAAAAAAAAAAAAAAACGAAAUCAAUGCUAGUCAAUUUGAUGUAAAGAAAUGUUGUCAAACUACUCCAUCUUCUGCAACAGAUUUCUUUCUGUAUUUGUCUCAUUCAUUUUGGAUUCCUUCGGCAAAACCUCCUGAAUGGCUUCAAUACCUAUGUUAUCAGUUUGGUAUAAAUUUUAAAUGUUUUGUUAAAUUACUUUUUUCACUGAUAAUUAUGACUGCGAUUGGCAAAGGAAUUAAAAUAGGGAUUGUAGACAAAAAUUCUAAUUAGAUAUGUUGUCAACAAGUACAGGGUAAACCAGUUAACCGUCGGGCAAUGCUAGUAUCGGAGAGUAAAAAUGCUAAUUAGUUACUCGGACAUCUAGAUAUUUUAAAAAGGAAAAAAAAAAGAUUAUUUCUUAUGAUAUUUUUAAUGUAUAAAAAUAUAUGUCAAAAACUUUACCGUUUGUCGUUACUUUGCCUUUCAAAAAUAAAAACAAA